AUGGCACACGAAGGACGGCCAACCUGCUUUGUGAAAUUAAUUGAGGAAGAAACCAUACCUACCAGGACAUCUCACUCUGGCACUGAAACGGAGGCUCGUUUAGGCUACGCAGGAGCUGUUCAACAAGGAGGCCAGCCUGAAGACGUCAUUACACAAGCUGAAGUGGUCCACGCUUUGCCGGGUACUGAAGUGACCCUGGUGUGCAGCUUGCCAAAACCAAACACCACCUACGUAAUACAGACACAGUGGUCCAAGACGGACGACACCCAGCUUACCAUAAUAGCUGUUUAUCACCCCGUUUAUGGAACCCAUUACUUCACGUUUCCUGAGGCUUCUUACAACUUUUCGGUGUCCUUCAGCACAAGGAAGUGCUGUGACCAGGAUGCUACAGAGGGUCCAUGUUCCCCCAAUCCAAACAUUGCAACUGAGUGCAAUCAGUGGGCUCUGCAUCUGAAAAAUGUUACUGUCUCCCUGAGCGGGCAGUACGAGUGCAGUUUUGCCACUUACCCACAUGGGACAAAGGCUACAAAGAUUCAGCUUAUUGUCAAGGCGGAAGAGGAGCAGCACUACGUGAAGGAAGUGUGGUUAAACCAGACUUUAGAAAUUCCGUGCCUUGAGGACACAACCUCAGAAAAUUUGUCCAAUUAUCCUUUGAAAUGGCUAGUGGGGGAAAAUGGCAGGAAAGAGGAACUUGUGACCAAGGAGCCCUUCUGUCCGGCAGUGUACAGGAACGUCAGUGCGCCGUACAGGCAGAGAGUCCACCUGGGUUUGAAUAACGCUCUAAAGAUUUUCCCCACCAAAAUCACAGAUCAUGGCAGGGUGUUUUCUUGCCAUGUGGUGUAUCACCCAGAGAGAGUCCGGAAGAGCAGCACUACCGUGGAAGUAUUCGCCUACCCUGAGAUCUCUGUUAGCCUGCAGGAGGGCUCGGCUGGCACCUCGCAGAAGCCUAACGUGAGCUGCGUCGUGAGGAAGGCAUUUCCCAAGCCGAGCCUCGUCUGGUACGUGGAUAGAGCGAGGCUGACGGAGAAGCCUGGAGAAAUUUCUGUUGAACAAGAAGACUUGCAAGACAGUGAAGGUUUCUAUCAGCUGAGGUCAACGCUGAUGUUGCAAGGAACGCACCAGACACACAAGUCGUUUUCAUGUGCAUGUCUGUUUUCCUUACGCGGGAAUGAAAUAUGGAAUAUUUCAUCAGAAGAAAUAUUUGGUUCCUUUGACCUUGGAAAUUCAGCACUUCCAUCAGCUGUCAUGACUACCUCAGAGCACCAGUCCACAUCUUCGGCCUCUCUGGAUUUCACUAGUCAAGCAAGCUUGGCUCCUGCUUCCACGACACAAGGACUGCUGAUUUCUACCGCAGAGACAGAAAGCUAUACGGGCACCACAGCAUUCAAUGAGAGCUUGACAACAGCACAUCUGAACGAUUCCACCACCAAAUCCCCACAAAGCCUCAGAAAUGCCACACGCUCCCCUGAGAAUGCAACCCGGGUGUAUCGUAACCUGUCCUUCAGCAUCACAGACCAGCCAAUUUCAGUUACCAGAGGGAAAGAUUUCUUUACUACAAGCAGCCUGCUCAAUAGUACAAGUGGCGCGUGGAACGCGAAAGCCAGUCGCUUCCCCUGGCCAACAGUGGUAGCUGUCCUGCUCCUCUUCUGCAGCUUUCUAAUAGCGCUAGGCAUCAGGAAAUGGUGUCAGUACCAGAAAGAGAUCAUGAACAGACCUCCAUCUUUCAAGCCACCGCCACCUCCAAUAAAGUACACCUCCAUGGUGGAGUCUGACGGGACUCCCCCAUCCUGCCACGAACUGGAAAACCUGUAA